AUGCUCUUCCAAUAUCUUCUCCCCAGCUUGUUGGCUACCGCCACUGUCGCUGUCCCCGUCGCGGACAUUGGGGAAUCUGAGGACAACUUGGUGAUCUUCAAGCGCGACGAUGUCCUCGAUGCUCGAGACCUUGAGCUCGCCGACAUCCAUGGUGUUAACGUUACUGAGAUGUUCAAGCAUUCCAUGUUCAAGCGCGAUGAUGGAGACCAUAUCGUGGUUUGGGUCGCCCGUGACUUUGUUGAGCACCAAGACAAGGGCGUCAGCAAACGCCAGACUGCCCGCCCAGGGGACAAAAGUGGUUUCUAUCGCGACUUUAUUUCUGACUAUUGCCGUGAUCAUAAAAGACAGAAUCACGCUGGGCCAAAUGGGCCUUAUUCGGGCGGUGUACAGGCCAUGUAUGACUGGGCUCGCGGUCACGCAGGUGGCAGCUGGCCUCUUGAUAUCACCUGGAAGAACCUCGUCCUCGCCGGCUCAAACAAGGGAGCCAAUGCUAUCUACAGGGCAAAGACUGUUAGUGGUCCCAGAGAGACAUCUAUUGGCACUCAGGACGUGAGAAAUGAUGCGGACUGGACUCGAAACAGGGCGCAGCAAUUCAGUGGCCGCGGGUGGAGAGCGUCUUCCAAAGGAGGGGAGACUUGCCUCUUGAACUCGCGCAUUAACUACGAGAUCAUCAAAACUGAUUAUCGCCUCUAA